CCAAACCACCACUACCACUGCUCUCCGGCUCCUCCGCCCUCCGCCCGCCCGUGGUCAGGUCAGGUGAGAAACCUCGUCCCUCCCCCAGCCAUCGCUCCUCCAUUUCCCCUCGGUCCAUUCCCCUUUUUAGGUGGCGGGGAAACCUCGAGCGCCUCCGGAUUGGGAUGAUCUGGGCAGGGUUCCUACGCCCCGGAUCCUCAGAAAUUCUCGGCGCCUUGCCCCUUUGCCAGAGGAUGCCACUCAUUAAGGUCCACAAACGUGGGGCUAUAGGCCGCUCCAUUGACAUCGGUAGGUUCUCUGAAUACGGAGAAUUAUAUCAAGCUUUGGCCCACAUGUUUGGCAUCGAAGGGCAACUCGAAGAACGACAGACUAAAGGUUGGACGUGUCUCUACCAGGAUGAUGAGGGUGACUUCCUACUUCUCGGUGAUGGCCCAUGGGAGGAGUUUGUGAUCAGCAUCAAGUCCAUUCAGAUCAUGUCACCUCAAGAGGUUGACCAGAAGUUUCUGCAGAAGCUGGGUGGUGGUUUAGCAUCAAGGCUGUAGCUUACAAAAUCAACGCAGUGAAGAAUAUAGUGUAUAUGUGUGAGCUUAUUGUUGUGAGGGCUAAAAUUCUCCUAAUACUAGCUUGAUCACGCGCGCUGCGACAUUUGCCGUGAGGAUUAUAGUUCUCCUAAAACUUGUUGGGAUUAUGUGUCCUGCAACUAUAUUCAAAUACUUAUUAUCAUUAAUAUUCGGAAUACCUCAUAUGGAAUUAUACA